AUGUUGCUUUUCGAUGCUGAUAAAAAACAAAGUAAACAAAAACAGGGUCGAUAUUCUGAAUUCCAGGCAAUCGUCCUUGCAGGAUAUGGUCAUAAAUUAUAUCCGCUAUCCGAAGAUAAUAAUCUUCCUAAAGCUUUACUUCCAAUAGCAAAUAAGCCAAUGCUCUAUUAUGUUUUAGAUUGGUUAGAAAGAGCAGGAGUUUUUGACGUGUUAGUUAUUACUGAAGCAGUUGGUGAAUACAAAAUUGGACAUUAUCUUAAAAAUGAUUAUGAAGGGAAGCUGAAACCAAACAUGGAAGUAGUUAGAGAAGACGUUGGGACUGCUGAUGUGUUGAGAAUUUUCAGUGAAAAAAUAAAGAGCGAUUUUAUUGUAAUGAGUUGUGAUCUUGUUUUUGACCUGGUGCCUCAUCGAUUACUGGAUUACCAUCGAACACAUGAUCCAACAUUUACAACAUUAUAUUUUGAACCCAAUAAAUCUGAAGGUGGAGGCGGAAGUAGUGGUAGUAAUAAGGAUGAUAAAGAUCCAAAACCAAUUGUUGGUGUAGAUACCAAUAAAUCACGUAUUGUAUAUGUCGCAUCUAGUGCUGAUCUAGAUGAAGAAUUUUCUUUACGCAUGUCAUUAUUAUGGAAGUUUCCAUGUAUUGAUAUUCACACAACCCUUCAAGACGCACACCUUUAUAUUUUCAAACGAUGGGUAAUUGAUUUAAUUGUGCAGAGAAAAGCUAUUUCUAGUGUGAGAGAGCAUCUUGUUCCCCUGUUGAUAAAAUGCCAAUAUCAAAAAAAGUUGUUGGAUAAUGAAGAUAUUAACAAGUUGGCAGCAACUUACAAAAAUUAUCAAGAAACCGCACUUAAAUAUUCUGCUUCAUGGAAUGAUGAUGACAAAAAUUCUCCAGUACGAUGUCAAAUUUUUAUAUAUAAAACUGGAUUUUGUGGACGUGGAAAUACAAUUUAUAAAUAUUGUGACCUGAAUCGUCAUAUGACGAAAAUACAUAUGGAUCCGCGUGUAUCCCCUUCUGCAGAAAUCAAUUCGAAAGCACAAGUUGGAUCGGACUCGUUAGUUGGAGAUGACACGAAAAUUGAUGAACGUACUUCCAUUAAACGUUCAACAAUUGGUGCACAUUGCGCAAUUGGCAAAAAUGGCAAAAUCUCAAACUCAAUACUGGAUAAUAUCUGUCAAGUUGUAGUUUGUAAUGGCGCCAAGAUAAUGGAAAGAUCUCAAUUGAAAGAUUGUGAAGUUGGUGGAGCACAAGCAAAAAAUGAACAAGCCGUUGAGUUUCGUGACCUAGAUUGA